AUGACGGCGUUGGAUCAAACCCAACUGGAAGUCCAAUGCCCGAUACAUGGCAAGCCCUUCAACGCAAAGAAACCGACUCUUAUAGGCACAUGGAAUGUAAGAACCCUAAACCAAUGUGGUAAACUGGCCCAGCUUUUAAGAGAGUUUGACUCUUACCGGCUGGUCAUCCUUGGCAUCUGCGAGAUGUGGUGGACAUCAAGUGGACAAAUAGUUAAUGAUGGCAAGCCAAUAAUAUAUUCAGGACACGAUAAGGAACACAUUGUUGGUGUAGGCAUCAUCAUGUCUAAAAUAGCAGCUUCAGCGCUAAUUGCUUGGAAGCCAAUCAGUGACAGCAUCAUUACAGCUCGACUCCAAACAAACCAAAUCAAAAUCACUACCAUCCAAUAUUACUUCGUGUCUGAGUGGAGUAAACCGCUUGGCUGUCAAACUGACGAGCUCGAGAUUGAAACUCGAUGGAGACACAGACGAAUACCCAAUCUUAGAGAAUUGAACCAGAACCCACAGAGCAGGCUUUAG